AUGCUGACAACGCUUCCCGACUUCACCCCGCGAGAUUCCCAUUCGCUGUGGUACACGUCCUCCAGAGGCACCUCACAACCGCCGGGACUGCACGACACUCACCAUGGAGACUCGCUACAGCAUAAUCACAGCUCUGGCCAAUCAAGACCACGAGGUCACGUCGUGGAACGAACAGCACUUGCCCGCCUCGCCGCCUCGGAGCAGCUCAUGCAUCGACGCCGAAUACAGGUACAGAACUUUGGAAGCGGCUGGCUACGGCCACCAGGCGUGCCCAAGACCCUCCACCAGAUGCGGGAGGAAAAGCGCGAACAGGAAGAGCACCACGAAGCCAUGCGUCGGGAACAACUAGCCCAGGAACUCGCCGAGGCAGAAGGAGGCGGCCUGCCGGGAGAAGGCAUGAUGGAUGACGUGCAACUAGACGGCGCACAUGAUCUCGACGACGAAAUCCCCGAUGCCGACAAUCACUUUGGCAUGGGAGAUGAGGACGAAGACGACGACGACCAAGACGAAGAGGAGGGCAUCGAAGCAGGACGCUCGGAAGAGCUGGAUGACGAAGCUCUCCGCGAGGAACGACAAAACGACCUAAUGGCAGCACGCAUGCGCAUGGCCGACGACGCGUUCCGCGAGGCCCUUGUACGCGGGGACCCUGACGGCGAUGACAUGUACGGCGGAGGAGAGGAGCUCGAGCAAGAGCACCAGGGCCACAUGCUGGACGAAGAGGACUUUGCCCACGACGGCACGGAGACGAAUCUGGACGACGAUAUCCCCGAGGCGGAGAGCGGCCUGUACGAGCACACCGACUCCGAAGCCGAACUGAGCAGCAGCGACGACGGCGGGCGCGAGGAUGAGCAAGACGAGCACGAUGCUGGAUUCGUGCCGAGAACGGCGCAGAUGGCACCGCCCCUUUCGAGCCCGACGUCGCGGGGAAGAAGGGGCUCGGGGAGGAACAGCAUGGACCUGAGCAACAUUCUUAGCCAGGACGAAAGCAGCUUCAUGGAUAGCAGCCCCGUUCAGAGGAGACGGCACGCAUAA